AGUUUUUUUUUUUUUUUCCAUUGAGUCGGGUCAUGGUUGUUGUUAGUUUGCUAAGAUUAUAAAGGGAAAUCGGGGCUAUUUUAGCUACUAUCGUUCGGGUCCGUCCAUAGAGCAUUAGGUCAAAGGAAGCAGGUUAUACAAUCGGGUCCAAUUGAUCCCAUUUUCAAGAUACAUAAUCUUUCUCUAUUCCUGCUUCUUUUUCUGUUUCGUAGCAACACCAGGUCUGCUCUAGAAAUUUGACCACAGACAAACCUGGAUUAUUGUAUACUACUCUCUAUUCGCCAAUGCUUCGACAACUUCUUCCGCGGUGCGGGAGAGCUCUAAGAGCACCCGUCCCGCGUUCUUCCUAUACGUUGCCCGCGUUGCAGCGCGCAUCCAGGUGGUACAGCAUCCAGCCCGAGGCAGCCUCAGUGGCAAAACCUCUAGAUAUAGAUCCUACGAAGUUAUCUAUCACUAAGACACAGUCGCCUAAGACCCCUAAGGACCCCGCGGAACUCGUCUUUGGAAGAGAGUUUACAGAUCAUAUGUUGACGAUAGAAUGGACUAAGAAUGACGGCUGGCUCACGCCCACCAUUCAGCCCUACCAAAACCUCUCCCUCGACCCCGCCACUUGCGUCUUCCACUAUGCUUUCGAGUGCUUCGAGGGUAUGAAGGCAUACCGCGAUAAUAAGGGUCAAAUACGAUUGUUCCGCCCCGACAAGAACAUGGAGCGAUUCAACAAGUCCGCCGCCCGCAUCGCUCUUCCCACUUUCGGCCCUACGAGCCUGAUCGAUCUGAUUGCUAAGUUCGUCAAGCUUGAGGAGCGCUUCAUCCCCGACGGCCGCGGCUACUCCCUGUACCUGCGCCCGACGCUCAUCGGCACGCAGAAGACCCUGGGCAUCGGCGCGCCGGGUUCGGCUCUACUUUUUGUCAUAGCGUCACCCGUGGGUCCCUACUACCCCACCGGGUUCAAGGCCGUGUCGCUCGAGGCCACCGACUACGCCGUACGAGCUUGGCCCGGCGGCGUAGGCGACAAGAAGCUCGGCGCCAACUACGCGCCUUGUAUCGUGCCGCAAAUGGAGGCUGCCUCCCGCGGAUUCCAACAGAACCUAUGGCUAUUUGGACCCGAGGAAUACGUGACCGAAGUCGGUACUAUGAACUUGUUCGUGGCCAUCCGCAAUAAGGAGACAGGCCAGAAGGAGCUUAUCACCGCGCCCCUAGACGGCACCAUCCUAGGCGGCAUAACGCGCGACUCUAUCCUAAGCCUUGCGCACGAGAAGCUUGCACCUGAAGGGUGGUUGAUCUCGGAACGUAAGAUCACGAUGCCGCAGCUGCACGAGGCGUCGUUAGACGGGCGCUUGAUCGAAGUCUUCGGUGCAGGCACGGCGGCCGUCGUUAGCCCCGUACGAAAGAUUAGCUGGAAGGGCAAGAUGGUUGACUGCGGGCUAGCUGAGAACGAAGAGUCAGGCGAGGUCGCUAAUAAGAUGAAGAGCUGGAUAGAAGCUAGACAAUACGGAGACGAGGAGCAUGAGUGGAGUCACAUAUGUUAGAGAAAAAGCGAGUUUAGCAUUUUUUGUCUUGUCACGAACUGUUCUAUAUCCGCAUAGAUGGUGUAGAUCCGGCGCAAUGGCGUACUUACUUACCUGGCCUGUUAAAAAUAUCGUUAAAAAUAAAACCGAUUUGAACAGGGAUGACUAGACGUUCUAGAAAAGGCCGGUACGAUGCCAGGCUAGACGAGAAUUGCGCAGCAGAAGAAAUUGAAUUGUAGCUUGUAGGUAGCUAGCCCCCCUCACCAGUUCGGGAGGCGAUCCGUCUAUGAUGGGUUUCUCUAAUCGAAGCUUCACCGUCGCCAGAAGGACGAGGCAGCACGAGAGUAAAAAGGAAAGCCGGGUUUCAUGUACAAAUAGAGCCUCGAACUAGUGUACCGCAGUUCCAUUCCCGUUAAUCGCACUCUAUAUGGUUAUGGUUGGGAUCCAUCACUUCUUCUCGGGGUCCUCAAGGAUGCCCUCGGCUUCUAAUCUCCGUCGCGCCUCUUCUAGAGCCCAUGUUUGUAUUCUGAAAGCAGUUAUGUUAGCCGGUGUUAUUAGAUUGUCGCUAGGAGCUGUGUUGGAUAGGAUAGAGCAUGGUAGAUGGCAUAUCCCGUGUGCAAUCGGACAAUAUAGCAACUGCCCUAACCCCUUCUUCCUCCAUCUUAUAUCUCAUCCAAGACUAAAAGUAUAAAACUCACGAGGUAUCAGGCUUGAAGCUGUA